AUGGCCACCACACAGGAGGCCGACUUCAGCUUCCCCGCCGCCGCCGACUCGUCUCCCGACUCGCCGCCACUGUGGCGGCGGUCCGCCACCGCCCCCCGGCGCGAGGUGGAAGAAGAGGGAUUCACCUUGCCGUCCUUUCAAGCAUUCAGAUUUUCAAGAAGCGUUAAGGAGAGAAAGUGCAACGAAGAAGACGGAGAAGAGAAGAUGGAUAUGUUGUGGGAGGAUUUGAACGAGGAUCGAUUUGCCAAAACCGCACAAAAUUCGGACGUCUCUUCGCCUAGGAGAGAAGUGCAGAUGAGCUGCGUGAGAGGUUUGCGGUUGUCCAGAGCAAAUGGGCACAUCAUUUCUCAUGGGAAGAAGACAAGCAUUCUUGUGUUCAUCAAAGCUUUGAAGAAGGUGUUUCUCAUGCAUAAUUCACAACGUGCAAUCAAGAAGAAGCCCUCUUAG